UUGAGGCAAGUUCCCAAUCCCAUGUCUUCUCUGCUGCCAGAUAUAAAAUAUCAAAUCUUCUACAAACAUAUACUAAUUUCUAACGCCCAAAAACAUGAUGAAAAAUAAUCUAAUCUCACCAUUUACUAUCUGCACCACAUUACUACUCUUUGUCUUUACUAUAUUUUUGCUACGGAUCAGAAGCCGUGUAGCUAAAAAAGCACCCCCGGAAGCCAGCGGCGCAUGGCCUAUAAUCGGCCAUAUUCAUCUCUUACGUGGAUCCCAACCACCUCACGUCUCAUUGGGGAAAAUGGCUGAAAAUUUUGGACCAAUCUUCACCGUUCGUUUGGGUGUUCACAAAACCCUAAUCGUAAACAGUUAUGAAAUGGCAAAGCAGUGUUUCACCGUAAACGACAGAGCCUUUGCUUCCCGUCCAAAAUCUAUAGCCUUUGAAAUUUUGGGUUAUAACUUUUCCAUAAUAGGUUUCAGUCCCUACGGUACUUACUGGCGCACAGUGCGCAAGAUAGCAACGCUCCAUGUUCUCUCUGCUCAACGAAUAGAGAUGCUGAAGCAGGUGAUGGAAUCUGAAGUGAAGACAGCAAUGAAAGAGAGUUAUGACCUUUGGCUAAAAACAAAGAAGCAGAAAGGUUGUGAAGGAACUGAAAUGAAGAAAUGGUUUGGAGACAUAGCAAUUAACGUUAUGUUGAGAACAGUUGUUGGAAAACGUUUUGACGGUGAAGAGGAAGAGAAUGAACGGAUCAGAAAAGCACUUAGGGACUUGUUUUAUCUGAGUGGUUCAUUUGGUAUCUCGGAUGCAUUGCCGUAUUUGAGAUGGUUCGAUUUAGAUGGAAGAGAGAAGGAGAUGAAGAGAACCGCGAAAGAUUUAGAUGAUUUCGCUACGAUUUGGCUAGAUCAACACAAACAAAGUACUAUUCCUGGAAGUCAACGGGACUUCAUGGAUGUGCUUCUAUCCAAAGUUGAUGAAGAAGGUGUUGACGGUCGUGACGCAGAUACCACAAUUAAAUCAACAUGUCUGACACUAAUUUUGGCAGGCACUGACACUACAACAGGAACAUUAACUUGGGCAUUAGCUUUACUUCUCAACAACCGAGAAACCCUAAACAAGGUUGUACAUGAAUUAGAUACACAAAUUGGUGACAAAAAUAUGGGAAUGGAUAUAGAUUUGACAAAAUUGGAGUAUCUCCAAGCCAUUAUCAAGGAAACAUUGCGUUUGUAUCCACCCGCACCACUCAAUUUAGCUCACGAGUCCAUUGAAGAUUGUAUUGUGGGUGGAUAUCAUGUGCCUUCUGGCACACGUCUAUUGACUAACAUUUCAAAACUUCAACGAGAUCCUAUGUUAUAUUCGAAUCCAUUAGAGUUUCGACCAGAGAGAUUUCUCACAACACAUAAAGAUGUUGAUGUUAAAGGGCAACAUUUUGAGUUGAUUCCAUUUGGUGCAGGUAGAAGAAUAUGUCCCGGAAUCUCAUUUAGUCUUCAACUAAUGCAAUUAAUACUUGCUUAUUUGUUGCAUGGAUUUGACAUAGUGACUCAAGAUGGAGGAGAAGUUGAUAUGGCUGAACUAAGUGGACUCACUAAUGUUAAAGCUUCUCCACUCCAAGUUAUUCUCACUCCUCGUCUCUCAGCUCAAGUUUGUAGUCAAAAUUAAUACUCAAGACUAAGUUCAUUAAGAGAUAAAUAAACAUGAGAUGGUGAUGCAAUUACUAAAAAAAUAAAAGAUUGUUUCCAUUACUAAAUAAGUUUGUGUUCAUAAUUUAAAUUUAUUUCUCAUAGUUUACCGUUGUAUUUGGGUAAUUUAGGCCACAUGUCUUUUGGGUCUUGCUUUUUAUAUAUGCCUUUGGUAUUUGGACUUUAUUAGAUUAAUUAUAUUCCCACAUUUUCAAUAAAUAACUUCUCUCGGAAAAUAUCAGUCACGUAUAUCGAGAGGCGAAUAAAAGUGCGAACAUGCUAGCUAUAGAAGGUCGUAAGUUGAUGGGAGAUUUCUUGCUCUUUAAUGUAGCACCUGCUUGGAUGCUCAACUUGUUGGAUGAGGAUAGAUCUUCUGGCAGUGUUUCUAGGAUCAUUCCGUUGUAGUUUCUGGUUUUUUUGGGCUUAGGCCCUCCCUUUUACCAAAAAAAAAAAUAAUUCUCUCGGAAAAUAAAAGGUAAAAAAUUCUUACCAUUGAGGACUUUGCUCGUGAUCAGACAGUAGAUUGUCUUG